UGGCUCCUCUCCCCUGCUGGGCACUAGGCACUAGUGGCACUAGGCGGCGCACAUCAAUGCACUGCGGUGGGGACCACUGACAAACUGACUGGCUUGAAACCCCGCUAUACCGCGACCCCACAUUUAGCGCAUGCAAGUUUUUGGACCCCAAACAUUACGUUAUAGCAGGGUUUCACUUUAUAAAACUUUAGCGCCUACAAGUCCACUCAGUCCUAUUUCUUGUUCAACCAAUCACUCAGACAAAUAAGUUUGUUUACAUUUUCAAGAGAUAAUGUGGCCCGCUUCUUGUUCAUGUCACUUGGAAUUGAGAACAGGCAUUCUCAUGGCACUAUUGUAGCCAGCGUGGCAAGAUAUUUACAUGCCAGAUGUGCUUAAGAUUCAUGUAUGUCCCUUCGUGCUUCAACCACUGUUCUAGAGGACAUGCAUCCAUGCUGGUUAAGGGUUCUGCUCAAUAAUAAUCCAAAGCAGUUGUCAUAAACAGAUAGUUAAGGGUUAAUACCUCUUUCACCUGUAAAGAGUUAAGAAGCUCAGUAAACCUGGCUGACACCUGACCAGAGGACCAAUAGGGGGACAGAUACUUUCAAAUCUUGGUGGAGGGAAGUCUUUUGUUUGUGCUCUUUGUUUUGGGGGUUGUUCGCUCUUGGGACUAAGAGGGACCAGACGUCAAUCCAGGUUCUCCAAAUGUUUCUGAAUCAGUCUCUCUUGUUUCAAACUUGUAAGUAAUAGCCAGGCAAGGCGUGUUAGUCUUAUUUUUGUUUUCUCAACUUGUAAAUGUUCCUUUUUUUUUUUUGCUGAGAGGAUUUUACCUCUGUUUGCUGUAACUUUGAACCUAAAGCUCGAGGGGGUUCCUCUGGGCUAUAUGAAUCUAAUUACCUUGUAAAGUAUUUUCAUCCUGAUUUUACAGAGAUGAUUUUUUACUUUUUUUUCUUUAAUUAAAAGCUUUCUUUUUUAAGAACCUGAUUGAUUUUUCCUUGUUUUAAGAUUCAAGGGGAUUGGAUCUGUGUUCACCAGGGAAUUGGUGACGUCCCUCAAGGCAACCCAGGGAGGGGAAAGUUUUUGGGGGACAGAAAGUGCGCCAGACACUGAACUUCUGGAUGGUGGCAGUGUAUCAGAUCUAAGCUAGUAAUUAAGCUUAGAAGUGUCCAUGCAGGUCCACACAUUUGUACCCUAAAGUUCAGAGUGGGGAAGGAACCUUGACAGCAGUGCAGACCAAUGCAUGUUUAUUUUCCAUCAUCUGAGUCAGAUGCCACCAAAAGAAAGUUGAUUUUCGUUUGGUGGUUUGGGUUCUGUAGUUUCCGUGUCAGUGUGGUGUUCUUUUAAGACUUCUGAAAGCAUGCUCUACACCUCAUCCCUCUCAGAUUUUGGAAGGCACUUCAGAUUCUUAAAUCUUGGGUCGAGUGCUGUAGCUAUAUUUAGAAGUCUCACAUUGGCACCAUCUUUGCAUUUUGCCAAAUCUGCAGCUAAAGUGUUCUUAAAAUGAACAACAUAUGCGGAGUCAUCAUAUAAGACAAUUAUAACAUGACAUAUAUGGCAGAAUGCAGGUAAAAAACACAGAGACAUACAAUUCUCCCCCAGGGAGUUCAGUCACAAAUUUAAUUAACAUUUUUUAAAAUGAGCUUCAUCAGUAUGGAAGCAUGUCCUCUGGAAUGGUGGCUGAAGCAUGAAGGGGCAUAUGAAUGUUUAGUAAUGCCAGCUACAAAAGUCACGUGCAAGUGCCUGAUUGUCACCAGCUUUCUGUCACUGAGAGCCAGCAGCCUGCUGUUCUUCUCAUCAGCCCCCAGGUGAGCUGCGUUGUUCAUCUCUUUUAACUCCUCCCUCCAGGCUUGAUACCUACUGCAGGUGUAGCAGCAGGGUGAUGAGGCUGAUUGAGCCCACAGGCUCUCAGUAAUGCCUUCCAGAAAUCAGUAGGUGGGGUUAGUAUGCCCCACCAGACUGAUGAAGGUGCAACUAAAUACUUGAUUCUGCUUCCUUUACAUUUCAGAGCAUGACAGCACAAUUAUACCAUGGCUAGCUGACUAAUCCUCAGGUGUGAAGUAAUUUCUUUUCAACCCUAAAUUAUUACUUUGUGGCUGGUGUUAAAACGGUUGGGCAGGGUAUGUCUUGAUCAUUUGAAAUUGUAUCAGAGUGAAACUUUUCACAACGGAUGCAGAUUUUUCCUAAAAAUAGUUUAAUUUGGCAUUAAUGUUAAAGGAGUACAUUAACAGCAUGGAGGGUGUGGUAGAGAAAUGGGGUUGGAGGCAGAAGGAAGAUAGCUGGAAAAUUAUUAGAGGUGUAGGAGCAGCUCUCACUUCAAACACCAUAACUGGUUCAUGUCAUUAUACCAUUAAUAAUGCAAUAUUAAAACACCGGGCUGCUGACCUUUGCUCUGGUGGCUUUGAGGUGGAAAUGUUGGUUGAUCUUACUGUUUUUUCAUUCUCCUCCUAUUGUGUGUGGAUUCUCGGUUCUGUAGUAUAUAAGCUCAUUGCAGGAUACAGAGGAGUUUCUGAUAUUUCACAAAGUAUUGCAGCUCAUACUCUGAGAGCCCGCCAGGCCUUUAAUGUCCUUUAGUUUGUAUCUUGUUGCAUUCACUUGUGGGCAGUGCAAAUCAGGCAAGAAAGGUCACCGACAUGGAGCAGUGCUUAGUGAGUCUGCCUACCACUUUUAUCCUUCUCAUUCUUGACUGAAAGUGCAAGUGUAGGCACUCAGGUAUCCAGGUAAUUAGGGCCAUGUAAGAACAUAGUGUAAACUGGAUGUGCUGCACUAGCUGUGUGGAUGGCUGGAAUUCCUAGUAUGGGGAAGUGAUGUGACUGAAAGCUGUCUUCAGAAAGAUGAUAGUAUAGUAAUUGCUUGACUUGCCCCAGUAAUUGUAUCCUUUCUUGGUAUCUGAGAAAUGCUGACCCCAAACACAAUGAAUAGAAAUGUUCACAUAAGCAUUCCUUAAAAUAUGCCAGUGAUCUAUGCAAGGCUCUUCUCAAGGGCUGGAACCAUCCUAGGAGAAGAGUGUGUUCCCUCAGCCCAACAACCCAUCCUGGCCAGCCAAAGGUAUAACAUGGAUCAUGCUGGUAGCUGCAUCCUGGCCUGGAGAAGUGGGCACUGUGUGGAGUCAAUGCCUGUGUAGAUGUAAUCGUCUCCGGUGUGAAGCUGUUGCAGGCACUUGGUCUUGAUCCUGGGGAUGGGAAAGAUCAUGCUAUCUUGAAUUCCAGAAAGGACCUGAAAGAAGCCUUCAUCCAUUUCAUGCAGAAGGGGGCAGCUGCUGAGCGCUUCUUCAGUGAUGCGGAGACCUUCGAUCACAUUGCACAAGCAGCCUCAGAGUACCCUGGGGCACAGCUCUAUGUGGGAGGAAAUGCUGCCCUAAUUGGUCAGAAACUUGCAACAAAUCCAAACCUGAAGAUCCUUCUUUGUGGUCCAAUUGGUCCUAAACUCCAUGAACUACUUGAUGAUGAUGUAAUUGUUCCACCAGAAUCUAUGCAGGAAACUGAUGAAUUCCACCUCAUCUUGGAGUAUCAAGCAGGUGAAGAAUGGGGAAAGUUGAGAGCUCCCAAUGCCAACCGAUUUAUCUUCUCCCAUGACCUAUCAAAUGGAGCCAUGAACAUGCUGGAAGUGUUUGUGUCCAGCCUGGAUGAGUUUCAGCCAGACCUUGUUGUGCUCUCAGGGCUUCACAUGAUGGAAGGGCAGAGCAGGGAAGUGCGUGAGAAGAGACUUCUGGAGGCUGUGACUUCCAUCUCUGAUAUCCCCACUGAUAUCCCCAUACACCUGGAAUUGGCCAGUAUGACUGACCAGGAUCUCAUGAGCAAGAUUAUGAAUCAGCAGGUCUUCCCCCUGGUGAACUCUGUCGGGCUAAAUGAACAGGAGCUGCUGUUCCUUACCCAGUCAGCCUCUGGUCCUCAUGCCUCCCUUGGUUCCUGGAAUGGAGUUCCAGAUGUGGGCAUUGUCAGUGACAUCCUUUUCUGGAUCCUGAAGAAGCAUGGAAGGACCAUGGACAAGACAUCUGAUCUUACCCGUAUCCACUUCCACACACUGGCCUAUCACAUUCUGGUUACAGUGGAUGGGUAUUGGGGCAACCAGAUAGCAGCUGUGGCUGCUGGAGCCAGAGUGGCAGGGACACAGGCUUGUGCAACUGAAACCAUUGAUACUGACAGAGUCUUUCUUAAAGCUCCCUUGGAGUUUGUGACCUCCCAUACAGAGGCACCCUCCAAAAUCUCUUUAAAUCCAGGUGAUCCAGUGGCACAAUGGCACAGAGAGGGAAUCUCAUUCCAUUUCACCCCUGUUUUGGUGUGUAAAGAUCCCAUCCGGACCGUGGGACUUGGAGAUGCUAUUUCAGCUGAAGGACUCCUAUAUUCAGAACUAUACCCUCAGUAGCCUAUGGAAACGAGACACCUUUUUCUCCAAGAAUAUAGUGUCUGAGGAAAUGUGGUGUUCUCAAGGGGAUUUCAGACAGUAUGGUUGGGGGUGGAAUUUGGGAUAUUAAACAGUCUCUGGAUAUUAUCUGAGAAGAGCCAAAGAAUACAUUCCAGCCACUUGGCAGUGA